AUGGCGGACGUCGCGAGCGCGUUCCUACCGCCGCUGGAGAUCCAGCCCAACAACGCCGUCUUCGCGGCGCGCAGCCUGCCGCGGCCGCUCACGUGGCAGCGCCGCGAGCACAUGAUGCACCGCCGCACGAUCCUCACGCGCAUCGGCCAGCUCCUGGCGCGCAACGCGCAGCUCGUGCUCGCGCAGCAUCAGGCCGCGGGCGCGGCGGCCGACCUCAGCAAGACGUGGGUGCUGGCGCGCAAGCUCGAGGUGCUCAUGUUCAUCCACUCGGCGUCGCUGCUCGAGUACGUCAACAUGGACAGUCUGGCGCGCCGCGUGCAGGCGAUGACGGCCGGCAUCGUCAACAAGAAGAUCCGCCGAGCCACGGCCACCACGCCACCGGCCAGCGAGACGGGCGCAGCAGCUCCAGCAAGAGCGAUGCCGACACCCGCCAUGUGUGCGCCGGCUGGGAACAUCAGCGCACGCGCGCGCUGCCCGCCGACGGUGUCGCCUGUGGUGCACCCGACGCAGGCCGCUCAGAUGGCGGGGCGGGCGUUCAGCUCGUCGUCUAUUGGCGCAGCGUCGCCGUCCGCUGUAGUCGACAACGGACGGACGCUGCCGCGCAUUUCGAACUUGAUCCACAAGCGCAGCUUGGACGAGACGGACCCGUGCGGACGCCGCGCGGAUGCUAACGACGCGCGCAAGCGGAUGCGCAUCUCGCUGAUGCCCGAGGAGGAGCCAGAGACCGAGUUGGAGGAGAAGCGCAAGCCGAUCGAACUGGGCGUGCUGCUGUUCCGCGGAUACGAGGAGCUGAGCAAGAUCAUCUGGAGCUACGUGGACGGCGUGCAGAUCAUGCGCUCGCGCGCAGUAUGCCGCGUUGCCUGCGCGCUGGCCCCGCUCUUUGUGACGUCGCUGCAGUUGAGCUGCAACGCCGUUCAAAGGGCGCUUGCCACGCGGACGGAUGGUAAGGCCUCGAUUCUUCGCGAGUGCAUUCACCUGCGGCACUUAGAGAUCGUGUCGCUGUCAGCGGGGAUGACGUUUGGAAAGCUGUCGAUGCGGGCGAUGAACUGCCCGCAGCGGUUCGUCGUGACGCACGAUGACCACGAGCAGAUUGUGCUGUCAAUGGCGGAGCAGAUGCGUCAGAACACGUUCCCGGGACUCACCCGCUUGAGUAUCACGUGUCUGUUCACGAACGAGGAGGCGGACGGAGAGGCCGACGUCCUGGUCAACACUUUGAUGCUGGGCUGUUGCCCGCGGAUAGAGGAGCUGUGUCUUCCUGGCAACAGCUUCGGUGACUACGGAGCCACGAAGGUGGCACAGAUGCUGCGCUCACAGGUUUGCCCGAAGCUUACGAGGCUGGAUUUGCGUCGCAACUUCAUCGGCGAGGACGGGAUUCGCAGCUUGUGUCACGCUCUGGCUGACGGCUGCGCACCCAACCUCACGGAGCUGUGCUUGGGCGGCAAUACGAUCACUGACUCGAGUUUCCACCACGUGCUGUACGCGAUGGAGAGCGGGCAGUUGCGCAAGCUUCGCUUCCUGGGGAUUGAAAUGAACUACCUGACGUCGACGAGCAUGGAGAUGCUGGGCCGCACCGUCGGCAAGCUGGUGUGCCCCGUUCUCUCCCAGAUCUCGUACAGUGACAACAGCGUGGACAACGAGUCAGCCAAGCGCUUGAUCGCCACCGCUGUCUACCAGGAGCGCGUGUGGCAGGCAAAGCGGCAGCAACGAAUCCGUGAGGGCCACGUCAGCGAAGACGAAAGCUCGUGCGACGAGCAGCUCUCGGACGAAGAGGUAGUUUAGUUUGAAGACGCGAGAGUGAGCGUUUGUAGAUGUGAGCGGUGGCAGGCGGCACAUGCUGCCUGCUUCCACUAUUUAACGGGGGGCUAAUGAGCCAGCCCAUAACUUAUACAUCGAGCUGCGGCGCAGUGAAAAUGU